AUGAGAGUCAACUCUAGUAAUGAACUAGAGGUAUAUGAAGAAGUUGGCCGUGGUGGGUUCGGUGUUGUAUACCGCGGCAUAAUCAAAUCCACUCUACAGGAAGUUGCCAUAAAACAAAUUGAUCUCGAGCAAGACGCGACAGACUUGAUCGAAAUAAACAAGGAGAUACAAAUCAUAAGUGAAUGCCGAUGUCCGCAAAUCACUUCGUACUACGGAUCAUUUGUUAAAAACUACAAAUUAUGGGUAGUGAUGGAGUAUGUAGAUGGCGGUUCCAUUUUCGACCUUUUAAAAGCUGGUCCCAUGGACGACGGGGAGGAAUCAGCAAUUGCCGUAAUUGCUAGGGAGGUCUUGUUGGCCUUGGUAUAUUUACAUGACCAGGGAAAAAUUCAUCGCGAUUUAAAAAGUCAAAACAUCAUGUUGAACAAGCUUGGCAAUGUAAAAUUGACUGAUUUUGGGGUAAGUGCUCAGUUAGGUUCCAACUUUUCCAAAAGAAACACUACGGUAGGGACGCCAUAUUGGAUGGCACCUGAAGUGAUUUUAAACUCAAAAGGUGGCCAUAGUUUCAAAGCGGACGUCUGGUCCCUUGGGUGUUGUUGUUACGAAAUGUACACUGGUAAACCUCCAUUGCAAAGGUACCAUGCUCCAAUGAAGGCACUACGGUUGAUCUCAAGAUGUGAACAAAAUGGAGACUUUAUCAAGAUGAUUGCUUUAGAUGAAUUACGAAUAAGUGAUGAGUUUCGAAGUUUUUUAAACUGUUGUUUUAUUGAAGACCCUGCGACUAGGUUCAGUGCUCGAAAGUUAUUGAAUCACCCUUUUGUCAAUAGAAAAAUACUCAAUUCACAAAGACUAAUGAAGAAACUUAUAACGAAAAAACAAUUGUGGAAUCAACAACAUCAAAACAUUCAAAGACAAAACUUUUAUGUUCCAACGCAAAUGUAUGAUAAUCAGAGACAAUGGAGUGAUGGAGAGAUGGGAGCAACAGAGGGUAAUGUACUUGGCAAUGACAGAGUGAAGUUUGAUAUAAGUAUGAUCGAAGAAGAAGAAGAAAAAGAAGAAAAAGAAGAAAAAAAGCAACAGAAAAACCACGAAACCCAACAAGGCACAACUAGAUCAAGGGCUUCCACUUCCCCGACCAUACCAACGCCAACCACAACUCCUAAUAGAUUGCUGACUCCGAAAAAGGGAUCAGUCUCAUCAAGAUACCAAGAGACAUUUGAACGAGAUAUUUUAAGCAAAUCAUAUCAAAAACUUAUUCUGCGACAGUAUUUCACUUCCCAAGAGCAUUUUUUAGUCAAACAGUUAAACCAAAACAUGGGUGCAUUAGUCAUAGAGAACAAAAACAAAAUCCUACUUUUUCAGUACCUUCGAAUUAUGAUCAAGGAACUCGCAAAAGAUAAGAAUGGUGUACUAGGAUCAAUGAUCUUGCCUUCAAGUUUAAGAAACCAUUAUACGCGUGGUCGCUCAUUAUCAAACACCUCGGCAACGAUUAACGCAGAAACUAAUGGAACCGGUGCAAAAAACAGCCUAGAAAAGCAAAGUUUAAAUGCAUGGCCCAGCAAGUUUGAUGAGAUUGAACAAAGUUUGAUGGACUCUUGGAUAAAACGAAUGAAGGAAGCUCAUCAAUGA